UACCCGCGAAAACUUUAAGAAAAUUUGUUAUCCAGGAAAAUGGCGGAACUGAAACUCCUCGUAUUGCUUGUCAUCUUCCAGACUUUCACGCCUUGCUGCAUUGGUGCAAAAGAGUGUUCUUCUCCGUGGAAAAAUUUUGGCAAUGUCUGUUAUUCCAAGACUACUCAAAGUGCUACCUGGAAUAAUGCGAAGGAGCGAUGUAAAAGCAAGGGUGGUCGACUUGCAAGAAUUCAUUCGUCUGCCCUCAACACAUUUCUUUUUCAGACGUUUGUAACAGGAGAUAUUAACGCGUGGAUUGGUUUGAAAAGAUGUAAACAUGGACCAUGGUGUUAUCCAUAUGGAACGCGUUCAGAAUAUUUCAAAUGGGCAACAGGACAACCUGAUAAUGCAAAAGGGAAAGAAGAUUGUGUCGCAAUGUACAACACCGGAUUGUGGAAUGACGAAACAUGCACAUUCAAGAAACAAGGAAUCUGCGAGAAAUACCAGGAUGAAUGUGUGUUUGGAAAGCCAAAAUGUCAUUCUAACGCUACGUGCAGCAAUACUGUUGAAUCAUACAAUUGUGCUUGUAAUGAAGGCUUUGUUGGAAAUGGAAAAGUCUGCGAAGGUAGAGUGCAUAGAAUACGAACAGCUUAUGAAGGGAACAUUAUGUUUUCUGGACUCGAGGCGACGCUGAGUGAAAUAUCGAUGGUCGAGGGUCCACAAAACAUAAUGUUUUCUGAG